AUGACACUGGGACGCACUGUUGUUAGUAUUAUGGAUGCCCCCGACCCCCCCACCGUAGUCGCGCUAUUGCCGCCAGCGUUCAUCAGUCGUUCCGGUCCUACGCGUGAGUGCGGGGAAAGGGGCUUCCAAAAUUCUCUCCACGGCAAGUACACAUUUAUUAAUAUACAUCCGGCGACUGACUCGUACCGUGUUUCCAGUACUACACAUUUGCAUGUUCCGACAUCGGUCCUUACUGAACGACACGUUGAUGACGACACUCCAACUGCUGAACUGACAUUCCACCAGAAUGACCGUGACCUCAGACAUCCGCAUGUCUCCUCGCCCAACGUGAUACUGGGACGCACUACAGAUGGAAUUAUGGACGCCCCCGACCCCCCCGCCGCAGUCGAGCCCUUCCAGCCAGCGACCAGCAGUCGUCCCGGUCCUGCUGGUUUGCUCCUGUUGCCUUGCUUGCCAGUCUGGGCCAAAUCCGAUGAAGCCUUAUCGACAAUCAGCUCGGCACCAGCUGCAAGUGAAACGGAUACAACCGAAUUCGUCACCACCCUAGAAAGCAUUCACACAACAAAAGUGAUUGAGGAAAUCACCGAUAAUAGUAUUAUAAUUAGUCCGACAGCAAGCAUGUAUUGGAGGGAGUUUGUACCUUUCGACAACGGAAUCGACAGAAGCCUGUUGGAAGAGAAUGAAACAUUAAACAAAAACUCCCUUGAAUUCUCACCAAUGCCAAGCGUGGCGUUUGAUCAAAAUGAAACUAAUUAUGUAACCAAUUAUGAUGCUCGAACACAGGCGGAAUCUACUACAACCAUGGGUAUGCUAAGCGAAUGGGCGAAUUGUUCGCAUUACUUCAAAAAUAGAACUGUGGUUGAUCUGUCCUUCGAUGGCGGGUAUCGGCACGUUAAACCUAGAGUGCCUUCGCACCUCCUUUCCGAAGUUCCAAUCGUGUUUAACGAUAGAAGCGCUGAGCAAAGGACGGAGAAUGACAGUCGCGAUGUGGAAAUGCAAGACUUAUCCAGCUUACAUUAUUUUCUCGAGGGAGAUUAUAUGGUUUCAUUGAUAACCAAUCAAGAAGACUUUGGUGUCAUUCUUUUCGUUGUGGAUCGCGUUAACGAGUUACAAUUGAUCAACGAUAAUGGAACAUUGGGAUUGCGUAUUGUAGUUGUAAGGAACACGUCGGAUGCUCGUCAGCAACUACAAGACGAAGUGGAAUAUUGCCAAAAAUGUUUGCGUCAUUCGAUUGGGAUUUUCGUUGUUUCAUCACUAUGGCCCUUGCUACAACCGUUUGUGAGUUCAAUGGAUUUCAACAUCUAUCAUUUUCCGGCAUCUGAUGACCUUCUGUACGCAAAAGCCGCCCAUCUGUUGUAUGAACUGCCAUGGUCCAAUCCGAAUUCCUCGAUUGCGGUGCGCUCGGAGUCAACGGAUCAUUCCAACAGGUUUGUCGCGAUGUGUCGCCGUCAUCAUCUAUGCCUGGAGAAUUUCCCGAGUGAUCACACGAUCUUCAUCGUCUUAGGACUCACCCGCUCUAUUAGUUUUGCAACCAAUGGAACGUUGAUUGUUGUAUUGUCUGGUCAGGACAAGCUUUAUGUGUCGGAUCUUCCGGAUGGUUCAUACGUGAUUGCUGAGAACGAAAUGAAUUUAUCGGCAUUUGAAAAUCAGUUGGAUCUAAUGACAAAUCAUCGCUACGGUACAAAUCUAUUAGCCAGUGAGUUGUUUUCAUCAGCUUCUGUGUUUUUAGAGAUUGUAGAGCUGGUGAAUUUGUUUAGUCACUUCGACGAGAAAAAUAGUACUGAUAAUGGAGCGAAUUUCGGAGAUAUAUUGAGUAACUGGCAGUACUAUGCUAAAAUACCUCCGCCAAGAAUUGUGGCAGACUUAAAAUUAGACAACAUAACGCAAUUGAUGACGUUUGAGUUGCGUCAGAAGUUUUGUUUGAAAGACAAUAAUUCCGAAGGAGUCUUAAAUUUGAAAUCCAUUGCUAGCUCAAACUUGAUAACCAACGUUACAACAGUCUACCAUUCGAAUGAAAUCGGUUAUCCACCGAGUAAGACGGAAAAAUUGGGAACCAUCUUUUACUGUACAAAAGAGUUCGAGAGUCGCCAUCCUGAAUUUUCAAACCCGCAUAAGCCUAUUUACUAUGGCAAGGAAUAUGCGGAAAUGUAUUGGCAGAUAAAACAGGAGCCAUGGAUAGCAGCUGGCCUGACAGUGUCGUCAUUAGGAAUUUUAUUUUGCUUGGCAAUACUUGUUUUUAUCAUUGUCCGAAUAUGCAUGGAUGAUGUUAUGGAAGGCAAUCCGCUCAGCAGCAUACUCCUGUUAGUUAGUUUAAUAUUUCAAUUUGUAUCGUUUCUUCCAUUUUGUCUUGAGUACACAGGAUAUCUGCCCGAAUUUCUUCACAGAGCAGAUAACAUUUACAUCUGGAACUCGUUGUGUAUAGUGAAACUCUUCCUGGUAUCUGUAUGUUAUUGCCUCACCUUUUCUAUUUUACUCUGUCGUGCUAUAAUGCUGGCGUCCAUAGGCAGUGAAGGCGGCUUUUUAUCACAUGUAAAUGGCUAUCUACAAAGUGUGAUAUGCGUUUUUAGUACUCUGGUUCAACUCGGACUUUCGUCGCAGCUAGCCAUUGUAUUCCACGCUAAUGCUCGUAAUGUUUCUUGCAAUGAAAUCUAUUUUGGAAAUUGGUUCUGGGGCGUGAUUGCCUACGAUGGAGUAUUACUAGCAACACUUGUUCUAUUGUCGCCAUUUAUUUUCAAGUCUCAGCGUAACUAUCGAGAAGGAUUACUCUUGGUGACAGGAUCCAUCCUCUGUUUGAUAAUUUGGUCAACGUGGAUACCGCUAUCUAUGUUUGGAUAUGAAUGGCGAGAAGCUGCAGUAUCACUGGGGUUAAUUGCGACAGCUACUGCGGUUUUGGUCGGUAUUAUGAUUCCACGAUGUUUUCUGAUGGUACGCAGCAUUGCAAGAGCUGAUUUAGUGCAAGCUUUACCUUCAUUAACUUCAUUGGCGUUUACUCAUGCAAAUCAAUGCAUGUCAGAACAGAGUGUCUACGAAUGUGUGAACCCGGCUAUGCGACAGCAACGUUCAGUAACUGCGGAAACCUUUUUAGAACAUGAUAUAGAAGAUCCGUAUAUGGCCACCAGUGAAAUUCCCACUUUGCCACUACGUGGAAAUCGGAGGAGCCAGGGGUUGCACGAAUCAAACGGAGCGUUAAACGGCACGGCAGUUUUCUAUGGUAUCAACAAUCCAUAUAACUGCCCUGACUCGAUUCGUUCCGAUAUCUCUCCGAGUAAGAUAACUAGGUUCUAA